AUGGCGGCACCCGGCCAGCCGUCUCCCCAGCAAAUCGCGGCCAUGCAGCAACAGUUUGCUGCUGAGGCUGCGAAGCGAGGAAUGACCCCCGAGGAGUUCGCCAAACAGCAGCGCGAGCAGCUGAACGCCGAAGCCCAGAAACACGGAAUGACCACCGAACAAUACGUCACCCAGUUGAGAAUGCGGGCUAUGGCCGCACACAAGCAACAAGUUGAAGCCCAACAACAAGCUCAAGCAGGCUCGCCGCAGCAGCCAGGACAGCCGGCGCAAGGCCAACCGCAACCCCAGCAGCAGCAGACUACACAUCAAGUCCCUGUGAACCCGUCGAAUCCCCCGGAUCCCAAGGCCAUUGCCGUUGCUCAGUUCCUGCGCUCCCAGAACCUGAAGACAAGAACAUGUAUCAUGGACGGACAACGAAAGGACAUGUUUAAAGUGAAACGUGCCAUCCGCGCUCUUGAAUCUCCCGCCUACGCCAAAGCUGCCGCCAAAAAGAACUCCAUCCUCCCCCCCGUCACGGACCGUGCUUCCGCAGAGAACGUCUUCAAGCUCCUCCCCCUGUCGCUUCUCGCUCUACGAGUCUCCAAGGUUGACCCCCACGCCGGACACAACCACGGCAAACCGAAGAACCGCGUCAAGGGACUCUGGACCGUGAAGAUCGAGCAGCACCAGGAAACCGACCCCAUGAUGCACUACGUCUUCCUCUACGAAGGACCCCAGUGGAAGCAGAAGGCCAUGGCCGCUGCCGUCGUGGCUGGUAUCUUUGCCGUCGUCCUGUUUCCCUUGUGGCCUAUGAUGCUGAGACAGGGUGUCUGGUACCUCAGUGUCGGCAUGAUGGGCCUGCUGGGUCUGUUCUUCGCCAUGGCUAUCUUCCGUCUGAUUCUGUUCUGCAUCACCGUCUUUGCUGUUCCUCCCGGUCUCUGGCUGUUCCCCAACCUGUUCGAGGAUGUUGGUUUCUUCGACAGUUUCAAGCCUCUGUGGGGCUGGCAAGAAACGAAGAAGAAGAAGUCCAAGAAACCGUCGGUCGGCAACGCAUCCACACCUGCACCUGAGGCGGACUCCACCCCCUCCGCGACUACAACCGCCACAUCUGCACCUCAGACGUCAGGCGUUGUGAAGCGUGAUCUCGCGCCCCGAGUCGAAGAGGCUGCUGACGAGUAA